AUGGAGAUGAAGGAAGAACCCACCACGGCUCGAAGCCAGAUCGUGCUGUGUUUCGACGGCACAGGCAACACCUUCCGAGCCGAUGGCACGGAGACGAACAUCCUACGAAUCUGCCGGAUGUUGCAGCGCGGGGAUGAUCAACUGGUCUACUACCAACCAGGAAUCGGCACCACCAUAACCCCCAGCUCCCUGGCCGCCACCCGACUCCAGAAAACCCUCACCAAAGGCAAAAGCAAAACCCUCAGCCAAGCCCUGGGCCAAACCUUCGACCAGCACGUGCUGGGCGGCUACCGCUUCCUCAUGCGGCACUACCGCUCGGCCACCGACAUCUACAUCCUCGGCUUCUCGCGCGGCGCCUACACGGCUCUCUUCCUGGCGGAGAUGCUGGACGCGGCGGGCUUGCUGGGCCCGGACAACGAAGAGAUGAUCCCGUUGGUGUGGGCGGCGUUCUCGCGGCUGAAGCUGACGCGAUAUCAGACGGCCGAGUCGCAGGAGAAGGCUGGUGCGUAUCUACGGCACUGUCGCGAGACAUUAUGUCGGCCCGUCCGGCCGGUGAGGUUUCUGGGACUGUUUGAUACGGUGAAUAGUGUGGCGGAGUUUGAGGUGGUCAAUGAGGGGCGGUCGAAUGCGAGGGUGGUUAGGCAUGCGGUCAGUGUUGAUGAACGGCGGGUGAAGUUUCAGCCUGUGCUUUUGGGGGUUUAUGGCAGGGGGGGAAGGGGGCGGAGGGUUGACAGGGUGUUAAGUGGGCUGGGUGAUGGUGAUGGUGAUGGUGAUGGUGGUGGUGAUGCCCAGGAUUUCGAGGAGGUCUGGUUCCCCGGCAACCACGCUGAUAUCGGGGGCGGGUUCCAGCGUGGACCGCAGGAGCGCACGCAGCUGAGCCAUGUUCCGCUUGUGUGGAUGGUGCAGGAAGCGCAGCGGGCCGGGCUGCGCUUGGAUCGCGGGAAGAUGCGGGAGUUGGGGGUCCUGGAGGAGGAGGAGGAGCUUGGGGAGGAGUCGUCGCGAUUUGAGGCUGCGCUGGUUGAGUCCUGCACGCAGGGAUUACUGCAUUCAUCGUUGGAUACUGGCGACGGGGUCUCGCGGACGACGGCCUGGCUGUGGCGGUUCAUGGAGUGGAUUCCCAUCCCACGGGCAGCGAUGCAGAAUGACGGCCGGUGGGCGCUGGUCCACUGGCCACCGCACCGCGGCGCCCCGCGCGAUACGCCGCUGGAUGCGAAGUUCCAUGGCGCGACGAUUCGGCGGAUGAAGGCGGAUCCCGUAUAUCGGCCAGGGAAUGUGAUUGUUGGGGGGAGGGGACGCAAUUGUCGCCAUGCUCCUCGGGGGUUUGGGAUUGGGGAGUGGGAUGCUUGUAGUGGUGGCGGAAGUCUGGCCAGGGAGAUCUACAUGAGGAGAUUGCCGGAGCAGUCGUGA